UCCCAUUCUUGUCCCGCAGGCAGCAUUCCGGGUGGAGAGGGAGAGAAAGAGGCGGACAGAGGAGAGAUUUAAGGCCGAGGAGAGGAUAUUUACCCGGGCAGACGCGGGCUGGCUGUGAGGACGAGCUGCGGAGGUUAUGGGCAGCCCCCUUCAGAUUCAGGAACAGGUCAUGGAGCUCUAAGCUAACCGUCUCCAUCCACCUCCAUCUGCUGCCUGAAGCACCUCAUCCAGCCUGCUGUGGUUUGGCUCUGACUCCUCUGAGAGAAGAAGAGGGAGGAGUAAACGUCCCCCAGCUGCUGUGCAGACACACACAUGCUGCAUUGCUGCCAUUCUCAGAGCCCUACUCCAUCUAUCCCGUGCUAGCAGGCUAGCAUUUGGCACAGGAAGAAGGGGCAAGCACAGUGCAGUGGCCUCCUGCUUUUGUCCUCACUUUCCAGGUCAUACCCACCAAGUGCAACUCCUUUGGUCCAGCUGUCAGCAGUGGAGGAUUGCUAGCAGCCAGUCAGUCAUAGAGCCGGCAGACUGAGGAGGCCAGAGGGUGCGUUUACCGGACGCCAGGGUGAUGGAGCCCAGCAUGGAGAACUGUCUGACCCUGGUCCUGCAGAAGGACGUGGGCCGAAGGCUGCAGGUUGGCCAGGAGAUCAUUGAUUACAUUCUGGACAAAGAGAAGUCCCACGACUUGGAGCAGGACCAGACGGCGCUGGACAAGAUGGUCGACGGCAUCGCCAGCUCCUGGGUCAACUCCAGCAACUUCAAGGUGGCGCUGCUCGGCCUGGACCUCUUAUCUGCCUUAGUGACCAGAUUACAGGAGCGGUUUAGAGCUCAGGUGGGAACAGUCCUGCCCAGCCUUAUCGAUCGAUUGGGAGAUGCCAAAGAUCAGGUGCGAGAAACAGACCAAACUUUGCUGCUAAAGAUCAUGGAACAAGCUGCCACCCCGCAGUACGUGUGGGAUCGAAUGCUCGGAGGCUUCAAGCAUAAAAACAACCGCACCAGAGAAGGAGUGUGCCUUUGUCUCAUCGCCACGCUGAACACAUAUGGAGCCCAAGGCCUGACCCUCAGUAAAAUUGUUCCUCACAUAUGUAACCUCCUGGGGGACCCCACCAGUCAGGUCCGUGAUGGAGCCAUGAGCUGCUUGGUGGAGAUCUACAGACACGUGGGUGAGAGGGUGAGGCUGGAUCUCAGCAAGAAGGGGCUGCCGCAGUCACGCUUGAAUGUAAUCUUCAACAAAUUCGAUGAAGUCCAAAGAUCCGGGAACAUGAUCUCGUCCUCCGGUUCAGAUAAGAACUUCGAGGAUGAGGACUCUGUGGACGGAGGCCGGUCCUCCUCCUCCUCCUCCUCCAAAGCGCCUCCCAGUGGCAGGAGGACCGUCGUGAGCUCCGUUAGAAGGCCCAGCUCGGCCACCGCAGCGAAGCCGACAGGUAAAGAAGCUGCUGCUGGUGCUGUUGAUGAGGAGGAUUUCAUUAAAGCCUUUGAAGACGUGCCCUCAGUCCAGAUCUACUCCAACAGAGAGCUCGAGGACCAGCUGACCAAGAUCAGAGAAGUGCUGUCUGACGACAAACAUGACUGGGAGCACCGAGUGGUGGCGCUGAAGAAGGUGCGUUCGCUCAUGUUGGCGGGGGCCACUGAUUAUGAAGGUUUCCCUCAGCAGCUUCGACUCCUGGAGGCUCCCUUUAAGCUGUCAGCUAAAGACCUGCGCUCCCAGGUGGUCCGCGAGGCGUGCAUCACACUGGGACAUUUGUCAUCGAUUCUCGGUAACAAGUUUGACCACGCGGCCGAGAGCAUCAUGCCAACCCUGCUGAACCUCGUGCCCAACAGCGCCAAAGUCAUGGCCACGUCCGGGGUGGCCGCCAUCCGCCUCAUCCUCAGGCACACCCAUUACCCACGGCUCAUCCCCAUCAUCACCAGUAACUGCACCUCCAAAUCAGUCGCGGUCAGACGACGCUGUUACGAAUUCCUCGACCUCAUGCUGCAGGAGUGGCACACCAAUACACUGGAAAGGCACGUGGCCGUUCUCACUGAGACCAUCAAGAAAGGAAUCCACGAUGCCGACUCCGAGGCCAGAUCCAUCGCCAGAAAGUGCUACUGGGGCUUCCAUGGUCACUACAGCCGGGAGGCGGAGCACCUGUUCCAGGCGCUGGAGGCCACCUAUCAGAAGGCCCUGCAGUCUCACCUGAAGAGCUCGGACAGCAUCGUGUCUCUGCCGCAGUCGGACCGCUCCUCGUCGUCUUCGCAGGAGAGUCUGAACCGGCCGCUGUCUGUGAAGAGCGUGAUUGGAGGGAGCAUAACGAGGAGUAAGCUCGUGGGAGCCAGGGUGCCCAGCACUCCAGGGUCCCUGCAGCGCUCCCGCAGUGACAUCGAUGUCAACGCCGCCUCCAGCGCCAAGUCUCGCCUGUCCACUGUUCCCGCCUCCUCGCCGUUCAGCUCUGCGGCCGCUCUUCCCCCGGGGUCCUACGCCUCUUUAGAUGGCACUCCUGGUAAAAGCGAUGGUCGUGUUCGCACAAGGAGGCAGAGCUCAGGCAGCGUGGGCGGAGCCAGCACAUCGGUGGUGGACAGCAGGGGGCGAAGUCGGGCCAAAGUGGUGUCACAGUCGCAGCGAUCCAGAUCAGCCAAUCCCAUCAGUGCCGGCAGUCGCUCCAGCUCUCCGGGCAAGCUGCUCGGCCACAGCAGCUACGGCCGGAUCCCUCGAGCCGCGCCGUCGGCCUCCAGCACGUCGGCGGACAAGCGCAGCAGGAUCCCUCGCAGCCAGGGCUGCAGCCGGGAGAGCAGCCCCAGCCGACUGGGCCUCGCCCGGAGCCGCAUUCCCCGUCCCAGCAUGAGUCAAGGUUGCAGUCGCGACACCAGUCGUGAGAGCAGCCGCGACACCAGCCCCGCUCGGGGCUUCGCUCCUCUGGCCUCCCGACGUCACUCCCGUUCAACCAGCGCUCUCUCCACGGCCGACCCCCACGGCCAGUCAGACCGGUACGGUUUGGUGCAUCAAGCCAGAAUUUCUGCGUCCGUUAACGCCAUGAGGGUCCUGAACACCGGCACCGAGGUGGAGGCGGCGGUCGCCGAUGCUCUGCUGUUAGGAGACUCCAGGAAUAAGAGGAAGCCGCUGAGGCGGAGGUACGAAUCGCCGGGGAUGUACUCCGACGACGAUGCCAACAGCGACGCCUCCAGCGCGUGCUCGGAGCGCUCGUACGGCUCGCGGAACGGAGGAAUCCCACAUUACCUGCGGCAGACGGAGGACGUGGCCGAGGUCCUGAACCACUGCGCCAGCUCCAACUGGUCUGAGAGGAAGGAGGGCCUGCUGGGCCUGCAGAACCUCCUGAAGAGCCAAAGAAUACUGAGCCGAGUGGAGCUGAAGAGACUUUGUGAGAUCUUCACACGGAUGUUUGCAGACCCUCACAGCAAGAGAGUCUUCAGCAUGUUCCUGGAAACUCUCGUGGACUUCGUCACGGUGCACAGGGAGGACCUGCAGGACUGGCUCUUCGUCCUGCUCACCCAGCUGCUGAAAAAGAUGGGCGCAGACCUGCUGGGCUCAGUCCAGGCCAAAGUCCAGAAGGCCCUGGAUGUCACGAGGGAGUCCUUCCCGUUUGACCAGCAGUUCAACAUUUUGAUGAGGUUCAUCGUGGAUCAGACUCAGACCCCAAACCUCAAGGUGAAGGUGGCCAUUUUAAAGUACAUCGAGUCGCUGGCUCGGCAGAUGGACCCCACAGACUUCGUCAACUCCAGCGAGACUCGGCUCGCGGUGUCUCGCAUCAUCACCUGGACCACCGAGCCCAAAAGUUCGGAUGUGAGGAAGACCCUUCAUAACUGGGUGAGCGAGGAGCUAGCAGGCAGGUCCAACACUGCAACCUUACUGCAGUCCACUGAGGGCAACCAGGAAGAAAGGUGUAAGCAGGCAGCCCAGGUGGUGCUGAUCGCCUUGUUUGAGCUCAACACCCCAGAGUUCACCAUGCUGCUGGGAGCGCUGCCCAAAACCUUCCAGGACGGCGCCACCAAGCUGCUGCACAACCACCUGAAGAACACGAGCAACACCAGCAGCAACGUGGUCAGUCAGAUUUUAUUCACUCAGGGGUCUCCAAGUAACACUAUUGGUCGGAUGCCAGCUCGCCACACUCCCAGCAGGACCAGCCCCCUCACCUCACCAACAAACUGCUCCCAUGGAGGACUCUCUCCAAGCAUGAUGGAGUACGACACGGAGAACAUGAACUCGGAUGAGAUCUACAGCUCGCUGCGCGGUGUCACCGAAGCCAUCCAGAGCUUCUCCUACCGGAGCCAAGAGGACCUGAACGAGCCAAUCAGGCGGGAGGCCAAGAGGGACGACGCAGCCGGGAGAGAAGGAGUAGCUUCCUCUCCUGGGUCCGACGCCCGCCUUGGCUUAGACAUGGUGGAAGGGGGUCGCACCGCCUUGGACAACAAGACCUCGCUGCUCAACACGCCAUCACCGCGCUCCUUCUCUGGGCCGCGGGGUCGAGAGUUCGCCCCCUACGGCUACGGAGAAACCAUCUGCACCUACGACAAGAGCGCCCUGAAGGAGGCCGUGUUCGACGAUGACGUGGAGCAGUUCAGAGACUGCCGCCGUCAGGAAAGUGGUGAAAACAAGAUGACCCUCCCCAAGGUCUUUGCUCCUGUCGGCCAGGACCACUCGGACCUGGUGGCCGACCUCCUGAAGGAGCUGUCCAAUCACAACGAGCGCUCCGAGGAGCGUAAGGGCGCCCUGGUGGAGCUGCUGAAGAUCACACGGGAAGACAGCAUGGCUGUGUGGGACGAACAUUUCAAAACCAUCCUCCUCCUCCUGCUGGAGACUCUGGGAGAUAAAGAUCACACCAUCCGAGCGCUGGCACUGCGAGUGCUGAAGGAAAUUCUGAGGAAUCAGCCGGCUCGCUUCAAAAACUAUGCGGAGCUGACCAUCAUGAAGACGCUGGAGGCUCACAAAGACUCUCACAAGGAGGUUGUGCGUGCUGCAGAGGAGGCGGCGUCCACGCUGGCCGGCUCCAUCCACCCGGAGCAGUGCAUCAAGGUGCUGUGCCCCAUCGUGCAGACGGCCGACUACCCUAUCAACCUGGCUGCCAUCAAGAUGCAAACCAAAGUCAUUGAACGCAUCGCCAAGGAGUCGUUACUGCAGCUGCUGCCCGACAUCAUCCCCGGACUCCUGCAGGGCUAUGACAACACAGAGAGCAGCGUUCGCAAGGCCAGCGUGUUCUGUCUAGUGGCCAUCUACUCUGUGAUUGGCGAGGAGCUCAAACCCCACCUGGCACAGCUCACAGGAAGCAAGAUGAAGUUACUGAACCUGUACAUCAAGCGCGCCCAAACAACCAACAGCAAUAGCAGCAGUUCCUCGGAUGUGUCCUCUCACAGUUAAUGGAGGUGGUUUCAUCCAGAUCAGACUCGUCUGUCUCUGAGCGCCCCCUCCUCAUCACGGCUCAUCCUCUCAGCUUGUUUCCUUCCUUCGUCUCGUCUGCUUCUGUUCUGGAAACAUCUGAAUGUAAUUGCUGUCCUGGUUUUAAGGUGGUGGGGAAGGAGUGGACACAUUUGGACUUUUGCAUUUGGGAAAUGGCACUUUCUCCUCCUCCUGUGGUUCCCACCAUCUCCACAUCAGCUCCAAGCAGUUUCUCCUUCAUCCCUUCAGCUUUCAGAUUUGUUUCAAUAAACGUAAAAUAUUCACAUCAAGGAAAUCAUGUUCAGUUUGGGAUGAAAUGUCAUUCGGCUGGCCCAGUGAUGGCAACAAGCCCAUAAAGUCUGCGAUGAAUUCUGUUUUGGGGGCACGAAGACCAAAUAUCGAAAGGCAAAAAAUAAUUUCUGUGAGCAUUUUAGGAUCAUGUUUGAUUGUAAUUUUUAAUGUUUAUCUUUGAGAGUAGCUUAAAACUCAAAACAUCAUAAUUAGAUCAUUUCUCCUCCAGAACUGACAAUCCUUCAGCUGUCGUGCAGAUCUUUGUGUUAAUGGAGAAAACAAAUCCACAGGAAGCUCCCCGAGUGGAAGCUGAAAAUCCACAGGAAGCUCCCCGAGUGGAAGCUGAGCCCGUUUGUUCUUUACUUCCUGCUUCCAUGGGUGGCGUCCUGUGCGUCAGUCUUAACAGGAAGUCUUUGUAAAUACAGCAGGUGGGGAGUCGGGGGGAAGACCAGCCUUAUGUUUGUGGACUGUGACGACUGAACGAGUCACUCUCAGCCCUUAAAAAAAACUAAUGUGAACCUGCGGGUGCGUCCCGGGGGGGGGGGCCGCAGGAGCGUGCCCGGGGGGGCUGCGGCGCUCUCACCCUGCAAACACAGUAUUAGUCGUUUCCUCCGUCACAGCUUCUGCAAUAACACAAAGAAUCAAAGGUGUUUUGUACAUACACACUCUGAGCACUGCUUCACAGAAAACAGACCUUUUUGCACGUCGUCUUGCAUGAGCCUGCAGCACGUGAAGAGGCGGGGCUGCUGUUAAAGUGCACUUUUAACAUCAGGAGAUGGCUCAGCUCUGAGGAGGCGCUCAGCACUGGUACUGACUGCGUUCUGCUGUAAAGUUUCAGGCGGUGGAUCCUGCUGUGAGGCGCUUCAUUGAUCCCCGACUGGGAAAAGUUCCUCAGUGUGAUCAGCUUUGAAUUACUGGGUCUGAUUUGGUUUUGAUGGUACAGUCGAUCUGCUGUAGUCACGUUUCUUUUGUUUUUUUUAAUAAUAAUCUAAGUAAAUGAAUAAUAAUGCUGAACCCACUGAGAAUGGGCCAGCUCUGCUUCUUUAAGGAAACGAAUGUAGAGAAGCGACACGGUGAAUUCGCUGGUACUCGGAUUACUUUUUCUUCCAGCAGACUCGUUUUUACUGCAGAGGCAACAAACCUGCAAACAGCUGAAAAUCCUCCAACCUUCUCACAUCUGUCCUCCUGCUGCUGCUUCUGAAGCAGACACGACGCCGUUCCUUACAAACUGAUCACUAUGCAUGUCAGCGGUCUUUCUUUGGCUUCACGCGCUCGUGUAAUAUUCACACCUGUAUUUAUGUAUUUUAUUUGAUCUUACUGUAUUUUGUUCUGUCAUGAUGACAUGUACAGAAGGCUGUUUUUGUUAACAUCCCUGAGAUGUAAAGAAGCUGUUUGCUGUAGAAAUAAACAGACUGAG